AUGAAAAUUCAGAAAACUAUCUGCGGCGCGUGCGGACUAUCGGACCACAAAACACACAAGACCGUCAAGUUGACGAUCGUGGAAUUAGAGGGACUACGCGCCGAGAUUGGCGUCGAGCAGAAACACCUCUACGAAGGACUGGCGGGGAAUAUCACUGGACUACACGACUGUACGCGGGAUGCCGUUAAUGCGUUAUUGGCGGCCAAGGAGGCGGCGUACGGUGUGAUUGAGCAGCAACGUACUCUAAUAGAUGGCCACAAGGUGCGGGAAGAGAUGCGAGCGGCGGCAAAGAACUUUGAGGAGUACUGUGAAGACUACAUCCCGCUGGUGCGCUCACUGAACGAUAGACUGCACGAGACGAAGGAAAAACUCGACAAGCUGUUGCUACCAAAAACUCAAGAA